AGAGAAGUGAACCUCUUCCCAUCCUCCGGGAAACUGUUUUCCAACUGUUUAGACGGCGUCAAAUCUAAACUGAUCAAACAGUAUUCAUACCGUGUCAAUAUUUAAUGAGUUGCCCUUGCACUAUUUUCAGAUGAAUGUAGUCUUUACAUAAUUUGCAGACUAUUAAAAUCUAUCUUUGUGUAUAUUUCAGCCAACAUCCUGACUCUCCUGUAUUGUGGGUUGUACAAUAUUUUGUCAGUUCACAUGAAAUUUAUGUCACUGUAACUUUUUUGGAUCAUUCAAUCUAAAUCAGAUUUUGAUCAACACUAUUUAGGAAAUGUUUUGUUGCAUGGCACAAAAAUCUAGAUACCAUGAAGUGGACAGACAUUGAAGACUGGACUAUACUGAGGUGGUUUCUGUGAACUUGGAUAUGGUGCCAUCCUUUGGAUAAGUUGAGGAACUGAUGUGUGGAGAGGGACUGCUGGUGCGCAACUGCACCGGCUCCACUGACGCAUGGGCAUGCUGCUGGUGACAUUAUCUAUUACAUGGAAAAGAUGAUAGGCUUUCAUGUUGCAGGGAAUGGCACGCUGACUAUGUGUGCCAUUCUAUGACAGGCCUCUCCCGUUUGCUCCGCAUAGUUCUCACGAUUGCACCAUGGGAAAUUCACGAGUUAUGAUUGACUUAUUAAGCUAUGAGACUCGUCAAAAAUGUCACUGUGGGCCCCGUUAACAAACCACGCUGUGUGUGGGGACUCAGUAUUUCGCUCAAGGGCAAGUUAGAGGGACGGAUGCUGGUCGUCACUAGGGUCUUGAAUCCUGGUAGCUGGGAGAGAGUGGGAACCAGUGCGUGAUUUUUUCAUUUGGACUCAGAAAAAUCAGAUUUGCAUGAGAAAAGUUCUUGAGAGACAGAGCAAAAUAAACGGGAUCACAAGAGCCCUGUCAUUGCUCUCCGGUGACAAGUGGGCCUGUUUUUACACCUUCCUUCUAAAUAAGGAAGCGGCCUGACAGACAUAUGACCACCGACCCAAUUUGGGAGCAGCCUGAGUGCCCCACCGCGUCCCACGGCCGCUGAACGCCACCAAUAAGCUUUCUGCCCUUCGUGUGCAGCACUGACAGUAGACUGUCCCCUCAACUCUCCACAGACUUGAUAUUUUUUUUGCUGUCAGCACCCCGCUCUACCCACGCAUUGUCCCAGCGGUGAAGUCAGCAUGAUGUCAUCCAGGGAUGCGAAAGCCCUGGCAAGGUUGAAGCAGGGUUUUCGGUGAGUGGUGGAGGAUUUGUUCUGAACUCUUACCGAGAGGGAGACAGAGAGGGGGAAGAGAGAGAGAGAGAAAGAAAGAAAGAGAGUGUAUGUGUGUGUGAGAGAGAGAGAGAGAGAGGCGCGGAGGAGCUGCAAAACAUGGUAAUCACCACCACCAACAUCACCACCAUCACCACCACCAUCACCUCCAGCUCUGCCGCGCACUCUCCCGUCUCCUCUCCUCCUCUGCACCGGGGCUUGCGUUUCAUGCCCAUAGCCCUGAUCUGCGCUCCAAAAAUAACCCCCAGCCAGCAUGCCGAAGGAAGCAAAACAAGAAGAGCGGUAUUUUUAGGGUCAUUAAAUUGGACCACGUGGCCCGAAGGUAAACCGGAUGGCCGUUGCGCAAAGGCUCCUCGUCAGUAUGUCCUGCGAGGCCGGCACGCCGCACUGGACGCUGACCGCGGUGGUUCUCCUGGGCUUUCUGCUGGGGAUCGUGUCAGCGUACCCGUUACCGAGCAGCAGGACAAAUGCAACUUUACUGGAGAAAAGAUGGGAGACCCUCUUCUCCCGCUCUGUACUGGGGAUCUCCGGGGAGAAACCGGAGCUGAACUGGGAGAGUGACUAUCUGCUGGGCAUCAAAAGAGUGCGGAGGCUCUACUGCAACGUGGGCAUCGGGUUUCACCUUCAGAUCCUCCCCGACGGCAGGAUAAACGGUGUACAUAAUGAAAACCAGUACAGUGAGUUAUUCCUCCACCGAUGUAAUGCAAUAGACUUAAAAGAGAGGCAGUCAGUGAGCAUGGAUCUGUGAUGGGCAGGCUAGUCAUCCCCUCUAUUCAUUUGCAUGAUCAUAUGUCAUCCCACUCUCAGGGAGAAUUGAAUUUCUUCCACAGCAAAGACAAAUCUAUUAAAAAUAAGUCUCCAUCAGUGAUGAACACCCCCCACCCCCCCUUCUACCCCUCCAGCUCAACCAUGACAUGAAUGUAUGGACGCUUUUAGACACAACUUAUUUUUACGCAGCUCUGUGAGGGCGGUCCAGAGACCAAUAGCCGUGCACGUCAAUGCAAUUACUGCAAUUAUUGCUAUAACCUGAGUGCGCUUAAUUGGCACGCGCCUGGAUGCAAAUGGGGACAUGGGGUGAAAGAUGCAGAACAAAGGCUCGGCAUGCUGCGCAGCAAUCUGCAAGGUUACACCCAUAGACGCAGGGAGAGCACAAUGCUACUACUGUCACCAUGAUAAAAACUGAGAAGCAGCCUGGAUGACCGGGUGGAUUCUCCUCUAAUCUUCACGUCUUUGUCUUGGUUUAGGUCUAAUAGAGAUCUCCACGGUGGAGAGGGGAGUGGUGAGCCUUUUCGGGGUGAGGAGUGAGUUGUUUGUCGCAAUGAACAGCCGAGGAAGGUUAUACGGAACGGUAGGUAUGCACAGCAUUUCAUUUAUUGUCCAGCAAUAUUAGUUAAAGGAACCCCUGGAAAUAAGACGCACUUGCAUCCCCUUGCAUAGUGAUGUAUUUCGGGAUGAGACUCCAGCAGGACGGCUGCUUGGUAUGCGUUGCGAAAUCCAUAUAUUUUAAUUUCAUUAGGAAUGUAUAAAGCUCUAUUUAAAGCAAGUGUGCCAGGCCUUAUGGCGCACGGGUACAUAAUGAUGAGGCAAACAGAUGCAGGGUCGAGUCCUGACGCCUCUAACGUGGUCGGUGUGUGUGUGUGUGUGUCUGUGUGUGUGUGUGCGUAUGUGUGUGUGUGAGGAGGGAAAACCCCUUGACGCAAAGGGACCUGUCAGCAGAGCUGCCAAUCGAUUUUUAACGGCAAAGCGCUCAUUUUGCUGGAGCAUCACACACCGCCAGCAGCAGCAGCAGCAGCAGCUCUCCCUGCUCCAUCCUGCUCAGGAUAAGGCUGGAUUGGGAUAGGAAGGAUUCUGUAGAAAUAUACAGAUCUGAGCUGCAGUUCAGCUUUUCUCUGGAAAGCAUCAAACGUGCUGGUGGAAACGUGUUGAAACGUAUCACUGUACUCAGGUCUUUUUAAGAUGUGUUAUCUCAUUGGUGCAUCCACAGUGAACAACUGAGUGCUGCUCUCUCUCUGACCUAGUUAGAGACUCUUUGUCUCUAACUAGUGAUGAAGUGAAGGCAGAAAAUAUAAUACUUAAAGUUGUGAGAAAACCUGUGAAGACCUUUGUCUGUAGGUCACACAUUGUCUAAUGAUGGUCAACGUCGUCCGUCAUGAACUCUAAAAUGUCUCAUAAAUCUUCAGUUUACUGUGAUUUUAUUGUCGUGUUGUGAGUUCCCCUUCAUCUUUUUGGUAGAUAUUUGUGUCAUUCUCUAAAACAAGCUCGUUCUCCUAUAGUGGCCCUUUGGCAAGUUGAGGCCAAUCAUUUGUUUUAUUGUCCCUCAAGAGGCUGUCAACACACAUGUAAGGUUUGACCGCAUUAAAACAAACAUUACUGAGGUAAAAGGACCGUGUUUGCCUUUGCCUUUAAGAAUUGAAUUCAGGGUCUCUGAGUUACCUUUCAAAGAUAUAAAUAUAAAUAACAUUUUUAAAAGAGGUUGAUCAGAGGUUCAAGAUCAAUAUGGUCAGUGGAGAUAAUCUCCUCUCAUUUUACCAUGUCUGGACUCAAUAUUGUGAUUAAAAACAAGGCCAUACAUCGUCAUAUUUGUAUUUUAAAAUAUGUACUUUGCUGAGUGCUACAAGCAAGUUAAAAUGUGUGUGUAACAGAGUGGAAGAAAAGUUAAAAUCUACUGUUAAGAUCUGUAAAAAUCAGUAAUUGUUUGAGUCAUUUGUUGCUACUAGCUGACUAAAUUUUCCGUAAAGCUCUCUUGCUGCUGAAGUUUACUAGUCUUGAUGUUGUAGACUGAAUUUUGCAGGUAGUGUUUAAUCUUAUGCAGCGGUUAGAAGACAUUUCAUUUUCUACUUAAUGCAAAUGUUUUAUACGGUACUGUAGUCAACUGGUAACUGUAAAUCUUUCACUCAGUCGGUUUUAUUUGAAUGAAUCCAAACAUACAUUUGCAGAUACUCUCUAUGCCCAGAUACUUUUAAUCCUGUCACAUCUUGGCGGGAUUGAAUCUCUUGUUGGGUUUCUUGUUUGAAUUCAACAGAACUGAAAUGACUUUAGCCUUUCAAUGACUUUCAUCCAAAGCAUGCAGAUGAGAGUUUUGUUGAAGAAGUACUAAAGAUCACCUGCAGAAAAUGUGAUCUCCACAAGAGCAAUGACAGCUACUAACAUAUUUACAGCCAUGGUGGAGGGGAACACAUUGUGCUGUGUAGAGCCCUGCUGACAAACGGCUGCUGAUUUGCUUGUCACAGCAAACAUAUUUGACAGGCAAAAUGUGAGUCAGUUAUCUGGUCGUGAGUGAUGAAGCGUUGGCUUGUGAGCUGGCUGAUGAUCUGAUAAGAGAUUGAAUUAGGCCACAUGGCCUCUGACGGAGAGUAUUUUCUCUGCUGCUGAACAUAAUACAAAACAUGAACUGUUUGCACAGCAUAAAAGACUAGUCCUUUUUUCUUUACAGUGACAGAAGCUCUAUUUAAAGAUUUUACGCAGUUGGGUUUAUGAGAACAGUCCUUCAGUGAUCGCUCUUACCCUCAUAAUUAAAUCUUCUUGAUAAAUCUUCUUGAUAAAUCUGACUGUGGUUUUGGUUUUCUUCCUUUAUAAUUCUAUUACGUUUGGAAAAUAAUUUUGCACUAUUAAACUGCUCCUAUAUAACCUCAGCAGUUCAGUUAUUUCAGUUCCUGGGUUGUUUCAUGUGACUAUCAUCAUGAGCAAACUCACUCAAGUGACCCUAGAAGAGUAAAGGCGCAUCGAUUGACCAAUUACUGACCAUAAUCAGCUGAUUUUCCAGUCUUGUUUGGACUCGGAGACUGGGUGACUGGGGAGUCCUCUCAAUUUUUAUUGUCGAUCUCAGACUUUGAACUUUGACAGCAUGUUUCACAAACAUACAAAAUAAAAUGCAGACAUGAUGUGCCCAGCUAAGGUGAAAGUACAUUGAUUGACAUAUUGAAGGAUAAAGAAGAAGAAAUGUGUAUUUUCAGGCAGACUAAUUUGUCCACUUAUUAAAAGUAUUUCAUGAACUAGUUAAAUACUCUAAACUUGUAACAGACAGGUGCUUUCAAAUAUAUUUCAGUUAGGACCACUUUUAUUAUUAACUAUUUGCAUACCAUAAGUUAAAAUCAGCAGUAAGGCUCUGUUCUCAGAGAGCUUCUGUUCUUCCACUUGUGUAAGGGGAAAGUCAAAGCCUGAGGGAGGGAGAGCAGCAGCAAAGACCCCAGAGAUACAAAACAGAGCAGGCAUCAGAGUAGGGCUGGGCGAUAUGGCCUCAAAUCAAUAUCAUGAUAUAUUGAGCAGUUCACCUCGAUAACGAUAAAUGGAAAAUAACUACUCCACAAGCUGCUCACCCCCUCCCACAUUAACUUCGUCUACUCCAACCGCCCUUCAUCUCCUCACCUGUCUUUCCCUCUUUGUUACGGACUGGAUGGGUUGGUUCUCUGACGUAGGACAGCGUCUUAAAGGGACAUGAGACCAUAGCCUACCUACACACAUCCAAAACCAACUUUUAUUUAUUUAUUUUUUUGACACCAAAUAUAUUGACAUAGGCAGAAUGACGUCAGUUAUUGUCGUAAAUUUUGGCAUCUGUAAAUUUUUGGUUUAUUGCCCAGCCCUACAUCAGAGGCACUUAAAAACCCAGUUGAGUCUGACCCAGUGUAAAGAGUAAAAACUGGGAUGGAGGUAGGCUGCAAAACUCUCUGGGAAAUUUUAAAAUUUUCUUGUUAAGUUUCAUUGAACAAGAUGCAAAACUAAAUUUAUGGGAGUUAAAAGAAAACCUUGGCCUGGAAUACCUUGCACCAUAAUUUGUAUUUGGACUUAACAGUGUAGCUUGACUCAGAGCAAUGAGAUACAGUGAUUUGACUAGAGAUGAGACACAUUUUAUUGGCAAGAUUUGACUUCUUUGCAGUGCAAUUGUCAUUGUUUCAGGCUGCUGCACAAGUUUGUCCUUGAGGGCUACUGUAAAAUUAUAACUUGCUCUGUUGGCUGUCGGUAGGGCUGGGCGAUAAAACAACAACGUUAUAUAUCGAAAAUUAAUUCCCCUUAAUAUCAAUUUAAAACAUAAUCAAUAUGCCUUUUGAUAGUUGGCAUUCUGCCAUGUUUUGGUAGACUAUACAAAUAGCCAAUGAAAAGAGGAGUUUCUCCAGGUCCGCGUCGCGCUGAACCAAUCAUGUGCUGAAUUAGAACCAAGUAGCAAACGACUGUGUAGUAGCAGACUGCAGCUACACGCAACCAUAGAACUUUAACAGGUGAAGCCGACAGCACUGUUGGUGAGAAAAAAAGAAAAUGAGUACUAACCCCGGCAGAAAUGCAGAUGAAGGCUAAACAGAUGAUGACAUCUUCGACAAAAUUGGCACGGAAAUGUCGGUGGUGUGGAGGUAUUUUAGUUUUUUGAGGUCGGACAUGAAGCAGAGUAAUGUGCACUACAAAUUAUGUCGAGUACUUGUUCUUGCAAAGUCGGGGAAUACCUCAAAUUUUUUUUACCACCUGAAGCAGUGCCACGCGGCAGAGCACGCACAAUGCAAAAGGUUACAAACCCCAAGCGGAGUAAAGAGCCCAUGGUGCCUGUGCAGCCAAAACAGCCAACCAUUCAGUCCGCUUUCUCUAGCGCAACACCUUGUGACAAAACCUCAGAGAUGCAGUAGCUUAUCGUACUGCAAAAGACAUGCUACCAAUAAGCACAGUUAAAUGUUAUUUUUUAUAUUGUGAUAUAUAUUGAUAUUGACUGAUAUGAAAAAUAUAUGUUGUGAUAAACUUUUUCCCAAAUCGCCCAGCCCUAUAUGUAGGUGUGCUAAAUAACAGAAAACAUGAACUGACUCACUGUGCUUGGCUUGGUUACAAAUAAGUAAUAAAAUAACUAUUUAUCACCAUUAUUCAAGCAGCAAAGCCCCUUGAGAAGGGGCAGCUUGUGUUUGGGUGCUAAAUAUAAGUGCCAAAGUGUAAAUUCAUUCUUCCCAGUGCUGUCUAAAUUUAGAUUAAUAUUUUUAUGCAUGCCUCAGAAUCUUUUUUAGGACUUUUUGAAUGUCCUGCCAUGAGAGCUUCAAACCACACACUGUCUAUUUCUUGAGUUGUUCAUUACACACAUAAUUACACACUCUUUCUGUGUCUUUGUCCUCUCCAGACAGUCUUCCACGACGAGUGCAAAUUCAAGGAGAGCAUGCUCCCGAACAACUACAACGCCUACGAGUCUCUGGUUUACAGAGGCUCCUACAUAGCACUCAGCAAGCAUGGCCGCGUGAAGAGGGGCAACAAGGCCACCACUGCCAUGACUGUAACGCACUUCUUACCCCGGAUAUGAUGAGCAAAAACUGGCAAUAACAAACUUAUUUGCACAUGUGGAUUAUUUCCCAGGUAACAUAAAUACCGUAUACGUAUGUCCAAACAUAAAAAACAAAAUGGACUGUAAAAGAAAGAAAAACCACUAUAUAUGACAGUAUUUAUUCAAACUUUAUAUGUAUAUUUGGGUAGCUUACUUUGUAUUAGAAAUGAUGGAAAUGCCAUUCUUUGCUGCUUUUAUGAUUUUCAUCAUUUUGUGACAUGAAGGGGAUGGAGGGGUGUCAGUUGUCCCCUCAGUUUAUAUGGGUGCUUGCUGGAACUGGUUGAGCUUUGGCCUGUCAGUGGAUGAUGGUUCAUCCUUUUGGGAAAUUAAACAGAUACGUUAUUACCUCAAAGCACCAUAUCCUGGGAGAAAAAGAGAAAGCGGAAAAAAGAGAAAUGUAUGCAUGAAAUUUCUACAGAGAAGAAUGCCUGUUUACUGGAAAAAUGAUUCUGUUGUCAUCCAUGGAGGACUUGGACAUUUCUCAUCCUCUAUAUUCGAGUAUCUCUUUCGCUGUCAGGGCAACUAGAGCACUUGCAAAUAUGGCGCAGUUUUUUUCUUGCUUUGUCAUGAGGUGGCGGUGCCUUGAAUUCCUACUUGCGGCCCCCUUCCCCUAGCAUGUGAGAAACGUGGUGCUCGAGUCAGAAAUAGGAAUGAAACGCAAGUCAUCACUCCCUCUGACACCACCCACGGGGCUGUAGCCCAAUUCCUAGAGGGCCAGAGGUUUCUCUACUUUAUUUUCCUUCCAUAAUUAGAUAGAUUAAGUAAUUGAGACUCUAUGCUGCACAGGACCCAGUGGAGCCUCUCGUUAAUAUGGAAAGCUACAUUUAGAGUCAGCACUCAUCCCCCUUGCCCCACAUGCCCGACAUGUCCAAGGGAGCUUUGACAAUCCCAGGUUUUACUGUCACAAAUUUUUGUAGCCGGAUCAUGAGUGUGUACUGUAUGUUCGGACAUGCAUUUAUUUUAAGAAUGAGUGUGGACUUGUGCAGUUUCAGAGCCUCUUAAAUUGAAAAGCCUUUCUCGGUAUUUGGGGGGGCCCUCUGUUAAACAGGAUACUGUAGACCUGACACUAUGAAGCAAACAUCCUCUGCUUCUCUCUGCUGUAUGUGGUACCCCCCUUUAGUUCAAAGUGAGGUGAAGCAAUCUGCUGCAUCUGUUGUGCAAUGUUGGUCUCUUAUUGUCAAUGACUCAUUCUGAUAUCUUUACAAAAAAAAAUCUGUCUAUUUGUCAAAAGUGAUGAUAGGAGCUGUUUGAUCUGGCACUGGUUUGACUGAUAUUGGGCUCUUCUUGAAAAUUCAUCUUGUAGAAUAAGAGAAAAGUUAGAGUUGCUGUAGCUGUGGUCUAGUCAUUGCAUUCAUUUACAAAAUAGCCUACACUUCUUUGGUUUACGGAGAACUUAAACUGCUCAAGAUUACAUGACCAUGAAAUCUGUGAACAGACUCAGUUUGGCCAGGUACACAAUGCAGGAACAAAGUGACCCAUAUCAGAUUUUCUUUUUGCUCAUGCGUGACUCAGAUCUUAUUUUUAUGAUGACAGUGUGAACAGCACAAGUCACAUUGAAUUUGAUUUUUCAAAUCAGAUUUGGGUCCCUUUUGUGUGUGGUCUGAGAUCAAAUACAGUAUGGAUUUUUGGCUGUGCGACAAUGGUGUGAGCACCAAAGCUGGGUUGAAUGUGACCGUGUCAUCACUCUUGAGUGAAACAUGUCACAGGUCUACAAUGGGGAAGCUCGGUGAAGAAGUCAGGUUUUUGGACCUCAGGAGUAUUUGUGGUGAUAUUUCUACACAAGCUUUAGAGAUCACAUUGUAACCUACCUGUGUUUGAAAGCAUACUGAAAGACAUGGCUACACAAGUACGUAACUGCAGUGUCAAUGGAAAGUGAAGAGCUGUAAAGACACUUUAAAAGAAGCCAAGGACUCUAAACCAACGCAGCGGCUCGUUUAACAAUGAGUUAGUUAAUAUUAUGAUGAUGAACCCCACAGUCAACUGUAAAAGCUGUAUUAUAAACCUGCUGAUGCAGGAUUCAGGACUGUGACCUGUUCACACAGGAAUCUGAUUCAGGCCAAACUUUCAAAGGAAUGUAAACAGUCAAACACAUCAACAAAUCUGAGCAAUUAACCUGGAACUGAGUAUGAAGGCCUGCAGUGUGAGCGAUGCCUUUGUCUGAUACUUCAAUGUUGUUGAUUGUGCUUAAUGAUCCUAGAUUUUGAAGCUAUUUAUGUGGUAUUUGAUUGGUCUCUUUUGAAAAAAGACGUUUGAUCAUUGUUGCCAAAAGCAGUGAACCAAAGGGUUAUGGUAGCACUAUUCAUUUAGGCUCUGUGUGCAGAGCUUUACAUACUUGAAUUUAACAUCUGCAGAUCUCCUCUGUUCAUACGGUAGCUUUUUCAACCAUUAAGAGGACGAGGUGGAGCAGGAUGGAGAGCAGACAGAGUUACAGAAGUCAGAGUGAUGUUCAGACGACUUGAGGGGGACUCUGCAUGCGGCACUGGUUGCCAGUUUAACUUGGCAAUGAUGCAAAUAAUGUGGGGUAAAAUACCUGAGCAUCAGACUCUUGGGCCCCUUGUGUGUUAAUGAGAGACUGGACAGAGUGCAGGAUCCCAGAUUCUUGUCUGACUCAUCUGAGACACUUUGGUACCAAGUUCAAAGUUGGGGUCCUCUGUGCUGUUCUUCAUUUAGGUAUGAUUUCUUGUUCACCUCAGAGACUUUUAUUGUGUUGUUGUGGGAUUUCUGCACCUGUAGGAGACAGAAAAAGUUUUUCUGAAAUGUGCAAUGACGAAAUGAACAACCUACACCUUUUUUUGUUUGUUUGUUCUUCUGAUCAGAGUCUGUUUAAUGUUAAAGCUUCAUUAUAGUUCAGUUAUUUAUUCUUUCGACAACAUUAUCAUGUUUUGGAAUCUGACCUGCAAUACUCUGUAAGUAGGAAAAUAUUGGUCAGGCCAAUCUGGCAAAACAUGAGCAAACAAAAGUAGCAAGACUCUUCUUGGUGUGUGUCAUCAUAUUUUACCUCAUGCCCUUUCCAACAUUACUGUAAUACACUGACAAAAGUCUGUGAGCGCCGGUUGACGAGCCCUUUAAGCUCCAGCUUAUGUCUUGUAGCAGAGACGAAUGUGUAGCUUCUGUUCAGAGUGUGUGUGUCUGUGAGCAUGUGUGUGUGUGUGGAUGUGCAUGUUUUCAACUGAGCAUGCUCCUGUCAUGUUCUGUUUCUGCUGAAGCGUCAGUAGAGAUGGUAUCAGUUAAAUUUACCACGAGUCAGGAAUAACAGGGCAUUGUCUGUGCAAGCUGAUGUACUGUACUCUCCUCGGAGACGAUGAUGAUGAAGAUGAGAGGGACGAAGGAAGUUAACACAGAGACUACUGAGGGGUGUGUGUUUAAAGAGAGCACUGCUGGGGUUUAGAAGCUGGCAGUUAUGUAGCAAAAGGCCACUUAAAAUGAAUCAAAUGCUUCCAGGAAGGAGAUAAUGAAGUUGAAGAGGUUGUCUGCAGGACUGAUUACUGUGACCCAAGAGAGCAACUUGACUCGUUUAAUGCUUUCAUUGACACUUUCACAAUACUUCUUUUUGACUGAUCAGCCUUUAUGACAUAAAAAUAUGAUCAGUUUAGCAUUUUCAGGUCUGAUUUUGCAGCAGUGAAGAUUUGUAGAAAAGGUAUUUUGGCUUCUAUGUUAAAUUCUACUCAAAGUGCACAUCAUUUUUGAUGGGGUGCAAUUUACUAAGCAGGGGUGCAUACAAUUUUUUUUUCUUAUUGUUUUAUCACAACCAGCUAACAUGCAAGAUCAAAAGUACCUUUCUUUGGUGCCGCUGUUGCAGUACUUUCUGUUUGUCAUUUCUAAUUUAUUAUUGUAUGUUUCAGGGGGCACUGUCAGCACAAGUCAGGAGUUUAAUGUCAAAAAGGGGACUUAAAAUUAUAAAAGCUCCUGAUAGUUUGAUACUGUUUACAGCCAAAAACAAACUUAGCCUGAGAGCUGAAAGUAAAGAGGAAAUUUAAAGUUGUUUCUUGUUCUUUGCAUGAUAUUAUUUAAAAGCAGAAAAGGUAACUGAGAGAUGGAACGAAAAAACAGGCCAACACCAUAAAAUGCUAAACCUUUAAUUUGUAAAAUCUUUUCUGAUGCAUUGAGGGUUUAUACAAAGUUGGUGUGUCACCCCCUGGUUAUGUAUUAUUUGUCAUGCAGCUGGUUUUAAAGUGUGUUGGUUCACAGGGAACUGGAGGUUUUCAGGAGGAUCUGGGAUCAGAUGUGUGUACAUGUGUGUGUGUAUGUAUAUGAGUGUGUGUGUGUGUGUGUGUGUCCCUGUGUGCCGGCAGCCUUUGUGUUUCUCUCUCAGUUUUCUAUUCCUGCACUGAGGGGAGAGUGCUUCCUCUGAGUCCCCCUCCUCUUUUUUAACAUAUACCUCACCUUCUGCCUUAGUUCCGAUUAUUGAAAUGAUUGUAAAUUAGUUUGAAACAACAGACUUCUCCAAUCAUUUGUUUCUGAAAAAUAUGAUGACGAGUAAGUAAAAUACUAUAUUACAAAUGGUUUUCCUUUUAUUUUUGUACGUAUGUGCUGUGCACAGCAGUCAACUGUAUUCCUGAGAUGAUAAUAAAAGAGGUUUUUUAAAAACUGGUUUGAUUGGAUGCUUUCAAACUGUGUUUGUUUCAUGGUCAUUUCGUUUGAACUGUAAAGGUAAAUGUAAAGAAAUUCUGAAUUUCUAAUCAAGGAUGUGUUUAUAAAAAAAACUCAUGGGUGGAUGUGUGGCGCCCUCUUAUGGUGAGAAAAACUAAGACAACUACAUUACAGACAGAUAUAGCAGAAAC